AUGCCUUUAGUCAAAGAUUAUACACCAGUUCCAUUAGCUAACACAGAUUUAUUCAAACCAUUAAAAGUGGGUAAUACCACAGUCGAGCAUCGUGUCGUCAUGGCACCAUUGACCAGAAUGAGGGCUCAUGCUCCCGGUCAUAUUCCAAAUAGGGAUUGGGCAGUUGAAUAUUAUGAUCAACGUUCUAAAAGGAAGGGAUCCAUGAUCAUCACUGAAGGUGUUUUUCCAUCGGCUCAAUCAAGUGGGUAUGAUAAUGCUCCUGGUAUUUGGACUCCUGAACAAAUUGAACAAUGGACUAAGAUAUUCAAGAAAAUUCACGAGAACGGGUCUUUCGUUUGGCCACAACUAUGGGUCCUUGGUAGACAAGCCUUCCCUGAUGCUAUGGCCAGAGAUGGGUUACGUUAUGAUUCCGCAUCUGAUGAUUUGUAUAUGGAUGAUGAAAUGAAGGAAAAAGCUAUUAAAUCUAACAAUCCACAACACGGUAUCACUAAGGAUGAAAUUAAACAAUAUGUUAAGGAUUAUGUUCAAGGUGCCAAGAAUGCUGUCGAAGCAGGCGCAGAUGGUGUGGAAAUUCAUAGCGCUAACAGUUACUUAUUAAACCAAUUCUUGGAUCCUAUUUCUAAUCAUAGAACUGACGAAUAUGGUGGUUCCAUUGAAAAUAGAGCUCGUUUCACUUUAGAGGUUGUUGACGCAUUGAUCGAGGCAGUUGGUCCUGAAAGAGUCGGUAUUAGGUUGUCUCCAUGGGGUAGAUACGGUGGUAUGUCUGGUAGUGCUGAUCCAACUUUACUAUCCCAGUUCUGUUAUGUCGUUGGUGAAUUAGAAAAGAGAGCUAAAGCUGGUAAACGUAUUGCCUUUAUUCACUUGGUUGAACCUCGUGUCACUGAUUUAUUCUCUGAUUCUACGGCAGUUCCAGAAGACGAUGGUACAAAUGAUUUCAUUUAUUCAAUCUGGAAGGGUGUGGUCAUUAGAGCUGGUAUGUUCCCAGCUCGUCCUGAGUCCAUUAAGGCAGCUGUCGCUAAUGAUCAAACCAUGAUUGGUGCCGGUAGAUAUUUCAUUUCAACCCCAGAUUUGGUCGAUCGUCUAGAAAAGGGUCAACCAUUGAAUAAGUACGAUAGAAGUACUUUCUAUAGUUUUACCAAAGAAGGUUAUACUGACUAUCCAACAUAUGAAGAAGCUGUCAAAUUGGAAAGCUCAACCUGA